AUGGUAGAAUUGAUUGCAUCAACCACAUCAUUGUCUCGAGUACCAACUGAACGCAUGAGCCGUUUUACAGCUCAUACCGAAUCCUUGACAACAUCCCUUCAAGCUCUUUGUCAAGCUCUUCAAUUGAGCGAAAAAACGGCUCUUUUAGCACCACCAUUUGAACUUUUGGCAAUCAACAUUCAAAACGUAUGUGAAUUAGUUUGUGGUGGCAGCUACGACUCACUACUUGAUGUGCACGAAGGUGUUCUGGCUUUACAGACCGAGACGUAUGCCAGUUGUGUCAAGAUCCUCAAGGUUGGAUCGGCAGAAUAUGGCAUGGAGAGCAUGAACCCACUCCAUGACACUGAUAGUGCCAUGUUGACUCAACAUGGCUUCAAAAGCAACAGAAUACUCAAGCGAUCGACUGGUCUGUUUAAUGCACCCAACCCGCUCUUGGUCUCCACUUUCAACAGUCAAAGCAUUGCUAGUGGCAAUACGGCAGGUGGCAAAGACACGAACGAGCACCCGCUCAUCUCAAACACCACACCAACCAGUGCAACUAGCAGCUCUAGCAACGAUAGUGCUAUUAUUGGCCUCAAAAUAUCGCACGAGUAUCACAAUGGAAAGCCUACUACACUCGAAGAAUGGAGGCAUUUUCAUGAGUGUCUUGCUAGGAACACCGAUAGUCCCACUAGCUUGGAUAAUGCACAGAUUCAACACACUGUCAACCAUGGUCCGAGCAAUCCGACAUUAUCCAAAGAAACACUAUCCAGCUCGACUCCUGCACCUACCAUCACUCUCCCAGCUUACAUUGCCGAUUGUUCUCCAGACACGCACAAUGACCACCCAUCCGCGACUGUUUCCACCAGUACAUUAAACCACCCAAUACGUUUGCAUCCUAUUGCUAUAAAGGCUCCUACAAACGCAAGUGCUUCAGCCAUACUUUCGCCAUUCGCAGAUGCAUCAAGUGAAAUAUCUGGUUCAUGCGGUUAUACAAGUACCCCAGACCAGUACUAUUCACUCCCACGUCUACCCUCAACGCAGCCCAACACAGCUCUUGAAUCUCCAUCUCUUCAUAUGCCUUCGCAAACACUCUCACCCAUAUCUCCUAAAUCAUCUAUUCAAAAACUCAUCCGGACCUCAUCACUCAAGAAACCAAAAACCAAGUCGAACGAAAAGGAGAAACGACAUGUGCGGUUUGUACAACCCAAUAAGAGUUCAGAUGUGGUCACUGAUUCGAAUGGAAUUUCCAAGUCGGACAAAAAAGCAGAGUCUAUUUGGCCAACAGUCACGUCUAGCUCAAAGCCAGAUCUGCACACUCUCUAUGAUAAAGUCAUAACACAAGUAAAACAUCCAUUAGACUUGUCAACAGACUCAUCAGCAGACCCGUCAACAGACUCACUAGCUCAACUCAAUACACCCAUUACUGCUACAUCUUCGCAUACUCGAAUCAUUGCUCAACAUAUUCUAAGCAACGUUCCUGUCAAUCAAGUUACGCCUGUGGAUCAUUUAUCUUCUCAGCGAUCGCUUAAUGUGGUUGUACAUCAACCAACUGAAAUCCAUUCUUUUGUUGCGUCAGUGGUGGAUGCCAACAGUGUGUCCAAAUCCGUUUUGUCUUCAGUAGUACCUGUCAAACCUGUACAGACUGUUGAAACUCCUAACCCUGACAAACCCACUGUAAAGUGUGUCAUGGCCAAGUAUGAUUACAAGGCCAGAACUGCAAAGGAAAUGUCAUUUCAAAAAGGCGAUGUGAUGGUGAUUAGGAAACGACAAGAGACGUGGCUGUAUGGAACAUUAGUGGAUAAACACACACUAAAACCAACUGUGAUUGCAAACCAUCAAGAUACAGGUACAAUCUCUUCAAGAGGAUGGAUUCCUGUUGCAUUUGUAGUAGCAUACACUCCAAACUCAAAUGCAUGA